GGAGGGAAACAUCAACGUGCGGUACUUCUUUUACGGUUUUCGUUGUUACAAAUGACUCAAUAAUUGUAGAGGGUGGGAUGGAGACUUCAGUGGGUUUCACAGUUGCUCAACACGCACUCCUCUGUGCCCCCGCUGGCUUUCGGCUGCCUUCCCCUGGGCCUGGAGCUGGGAGAGGGCGCUGGCAAGCUUAGAGCCAGCUGCUAGCGUGCAGAAGGUCCCCCCAGGUGACCCCUAUAGACUCCUACCCCACCCAUGCCUUAACCCCAUUGUAACAAAAGUCAAGCAAUUCAUCACCCAGCAGGAACUGCUCCUAUGUUAAUUGCUCUCUCUGGCAGUCGGAAGAGAGAUUUGCUGGGUGAGAGGCUUUAGCCCCCAGAGCUGGAGUUAUUGCCUCCCGAAUAAAAACUGUGGAUACCUGGUCUCUUUUUGCGAAGUUUCUGGAUAAAUAGCUGGGCAGGAGAGUUUUGCAGGCUGUGGCAUGGCUCAACCAAGUACUUAUUACUGGCACUGGCAAAGGGGGAAGCCCGUGUUCCAGCCCUGCCUGGGUUACCAAUCGGGCAGCUGGUUUGAGCAGCAGCACAGCGGUUACUCCCUCUCUGGCUAUGACUACGGCUGUGCAGCAGAGAGAGAUGGACACAACCUUUCUGUGCGUGAGACCUCCGGACGCCCAGCUGCAAGUCUGGUCACACCUAAGGAAAGCACGGCUCUGGCAGAAAAGCAAGAUGAAAACCCACUGGAAGAUCCAGAUCUUCAUUUGAAUAUUGAAGAACUGAACAAGGAGUUUAUGGUGAAAAGUGAGGAACUCUAUGACUCUCUCAUGAGUUGCCACUGGCAGCCUUUGGAUACGGUUCAUUCUAAAAUCCCAGAUGAGACCCCCAAAGAAGCAUGAUGCUCAUUAAGCUACCCAACUGUCAGAUCAAUUGCAUCUUGUUUUGUUGGGGUUGUUGUUUGUUUGCUUUUGUUUUUGUUUUGCUAAGACAAAAAGAAUUCUGCCAGGAAUGUACUCUAUGCUAUAUGUAAAUACAAAUCUCCAGGACUUAAAUGUGACUGACAUGAUAGAAUGUAAUGUAAAUAAACUUUACCAGCAUAUCCAUUUCUGGAAGUGUGUUAUAUUAAAUAAGUGCCAGAAGAGGUCACAUAACUAUCAUGGUAGAGUAAGCUGCACUGUUAGACAUUUGAAAAUAGGUUUGGAGCCCCUGGGUGGCUCAGU